AUGGCCGGGCAGAUGCUCCGUCGGUGGGAGAGCUUCUACGGCGCCUUCGACCCCGUGGACGCCGCCAUCGAGGCCGCCGACCCAGACCAAUUCUCACGCCACGUGUUCCGGCGCGCGAGGAGAGACCUGCAGGGACGGCUCUGCAGCGCCGCCGACGACGACCAGGCGGAGCGUAUCUGCGGGAUUCUCGACGACAUGAUGGCAGAGUCUCUCGAGACGCUGAGGCUGGUUCCAUCAUCAACGCCGGAGGCGCCCGUCUCCACGGAGCUCGCCGAGUCUGUGCGCGCGCUGCGGGAGCACGACUCGGAGCGCGUCCGCCUCCUCGCGCGCGGCAUCGUGAGCGGGUGGGAGGCCUCCGUCCAGGACCAGGACGACGGCGCCAAGGUCACACCAGCCACGCCCAUGAAGAAGCCGCCGCAGCCCAAGGCGAUCGUCGGCCAGCAGCAGCAGCGUGUCUCCGCCGACCGUGACGCAAAGACGAAGCGACCUCCCAAGAUCAAGCGGUUGGCGGAAAUCAUCAAAAAGGCGUCAGAUCCGGCCGCCAGCUUCGUCGACGGUGACCGUGCCGGGUUCUGCUCGGAGGAGAAGAUGGAAGCCGCGAAGCGCAAGCUCCGCCAGGGUUACCAGGAAGCAGAGGACGCCAAACGGCGGCGCAAGACGCAGUUGGUGCAGGCGCCCAAGAUGAUGCAGCCAAUCAGGCGGUGCACCAGCUCCAUGGUCAACAAGACCUUCGGGGUCAGCACGCAGCUUCACGUGUAG